GCGGAUUGCCUCUCAUGGGCAAACGGAAAUCCGCCUUCAGUGGACUUGGUCGUUUCGUUCAAAGCCUUCAAGAUCCUGUCAAAGAAAGGGAAAUCAUCGAUCUGUCCAAUCCACAAUCUGGGCGUAACGACGAUUAUCCUGGACAGGUCGAUGCCGGUUCUAAUCUUUCUUGGGUCAAAAAAUAUGACAUGACGGGUCUGGUGCCACAUUAUCGAAAUCCAGAGGACGUUCCCGAUGCUCUGAGAAAAUAACAAGGAUGAUUUUUUUUCCAGAUUUUUUCCAAAGAGCAAGAUUUUUCUCGCUUUACUCUACACCGCCUGGAUGUUUACUUGACGAAGAAGGGUGGUACAGUGUCACACCGGAGUUCAUAGCAGAUCAAAUUGCUGAACGCUGUCGGUGUGAUACAAUAUUGGAUGCUUUUUGCGGGGUCGGUGGAAAUGCUAUCGCCUUUGCGAAAACCUGCCAGCGUGUAAUAGCCUUGGACACCUCUCCUACGCGCCUCGCUCUUGCAAGACACAACGCGCAGAUAUAUGGCGUCGCGCAACAUAUCGAAUUUAUUCUGAGCGACUAUAUCACGUUCGCCGAGUCUUAUAUCUCUCGGUCGAGCACCUCAUCAAAACGAAAAAUCGACGUCGUAUUUCUCAGCCCACCCUGGGGUGGCCCUUCUUAUAUAUCCGAUUCUAGCCCCAACGACAGCGAUCUACUAGAAGAAAGCCCUGAGGUUCACCCCACCUACCCGCUUUCCUCCAUACAACCCAUUCACGGAGCAAAUCUAUUUCACCUCUCACGUCAAAUCACGCCAAACAUCGCAUAUUAUCUUCCGCGAAACAGUGACCUCAACGAGAUUGGGGCCCUACUUGAAGACCCCAAGCAACUCGUUGGUGAUGUGCAGGAAUUUAUUGAGGUCGAAGAAGAGUGGAUGGGGGAUAAAUUGAAAGCGUUGACUUGUUAUUUCGGCGGACUUGUCGGGGGGCAAGGGGAUUUGUUCGAGCAGAUCUAGAUGUUGUUAUGAUAACAAUUCUGGGUUCCAGAAACUUCGAUGCGCCCAUGAAUGAUACUAGCUAGGGUUCCGGGCUUACACACGAACGCUCGCUGCGCUCGGAUGUGUUCCUGCCCUUCACCCAGCUAGGCGGGGCUUCGCCCCUGCACCCCAUCGUUUUUUUUCUUGAGAAAUAUGCACCGCACACGGCCCGGUAGCUCGCUUCGAAUCUCA